AUGUGUGCCUGUAGCAUUCCUGUCUCCAACACCCAAGCAACAUUUGGUGUCCUGGUUCUGCCCAAUCCUACUGGGCAAAAGGAAAACGAUCAUCUUAGUCUCCUGGAAAUAAACCAAGAAGUUGCUCCAGCAGUUCUGUCAUCUAAAGCUGCAAAAGUCGAAGACUGCAUUCGGAUGUAUGAAGAGAUGCACAGGCUGAAAGCAAGGGAGAGGCUGAGACAGUGGCAGGAGAAGCUGGAGCAGAUGGUGAGGGCAGCCUAUGCCCAGGCCAGUGGGCAGCUGAAGCACUUUGAUGAACUGAGGGAGCUGAAGCGGCAUCAGGAAUUCCAAGAGCUGCAAGAAGUAAUGGAGAAGAGCUCAAUGGAGGCUCAGAGGCAGCAAGAGAAGUUGAAGGAAGAACACCAACGUAGAGCAAAGAUAUUGAACCUAAAAUUGCGUGAGGCAGAGCAGCAGAGGCAACACCAGGAAGAGCUGGAGCUUCUGUGCAGGAAAGAGGGCCAGGAAAGACUGCACCGCCUUUAUUCCAUCCAGGAGGAACUGCUGCAGCUGGACCAGCAGAUUGAUCCCAGCUGCAGGCACAAAGAUUUGCCCAGAAUGGAUCUGUCUGUGUGCAGCAAUCGUGGCAACCAGAUCUGUGCACGGGUGUCAGGGCUCACCCCCACCACGAGCAAGAGGGGGCUCCCGGAUCCAGCAGGUGUGGCCAGCUCUGAACAAGCCCUGCAGGAGAUGAGAGGGGCGAUAUCCAGCAUGCAGCAGGAAAUCACUGCAGCUCGAGAAGGAAGAAAGAGGAAAUAUGAAGAGGAAAAGAAACAAAACCAGGAAGAGUUAGAGAAAAGAGAGCAGAUGAUGUGGCAGACUUCUGUCCCUGCACAGCAGUCGUGGGGAAAGCAGGAGAAGGAAGGACUUCAAGUUGAAACAGAAGGAAGCAUCAUGCAGUGGUACUGGCAGCUUCAGGAUGCUGCUGAGCAAUGUGUUGCUGCUUUCAGUGAUAUUGGAAACUGCAGAGGCGACACUGAGGUGAAGAAGAUAAAGACAAACCUGCAGAAAGCAGCUACAAUCCCUGUGAGCCAGAUCUCUAGCAUAUCAGGCUCUCAGCUGAGAGAGGUGUUUGAUAAGAUCAAUAACCUGCUGUCUGGGAAGCCUGUUCAGACUGAAGGCCAGACGGUGUGGGUGACUCAGCAUCCACAGGGGCUGGAAUUUGUUUGUUACAAACUUGCAGAGAAUUUUGUGAGACAUGGGGAAGGAGAAGUAUCUUUUCACCACGAUUCAGCUUUCCCAAUUGCUGCGGUGCUCUCAGGAAUCUGGGAAUUACACCCUCGAGUUGGAGACAUCUUUUUAGCUCAUCUGCACAAAAAGUGCCCAUAUUCUGUGCCAUUUUACCCCGCUCGGAAAGAAGGGACUUCUACGGAAGAGUAUCAGAGGAUGCUUGGAUAUGAAGUUCAUGAUUCUAAAGUGGAAGAAGCAGAUCAUUUUCUUAAAAGGAUGUCAGGAAUGAUUCGUCUCUACGCUGCCAUCAUUCAGCUCCGCUGGCCUUAUGGAAGCAGACAAGGGGCUCAUCCUCACGGUCUGAGCUAUGGAUGGCGCUGGCUUGCGCAGAUGUUGAAUCUGGAGCCUCUGGCAGAUGUGACAGCUGUGCUGCUUCUGGAUUUCCUGGAGGUGUGUGGCAAUGCUCUGAUGAGGCAGUAUGGGAUUCAGUUCUGGAAAAUAAUGCUCUUCAUCCAGAAAUUCUAUAUCCCAAGAAUUGAAGCUGUGACCAGCUCGGGCCAGAUGGGCUGUUUGUCACGUUUGAAGACUUUUGUGCAGAAAUGUCUACAGGCAGAGGAAAUUCCAUUACCAAAGGGCAUUCUGACACCUUCCUUUUGGAGAACAUAA